CCCCCCGCCGCGCUGCAGACGCGCAGGUGCGUGCGGCCGCGCCCGCCCGGAGCCCCGCAGCCCCGGGCUCGCCAUGGAGCACAUCCGCACGCCCAAGGUCGAAAAUGUCCGCUUGGUAGAUCGAAUAUCUUCUAAAAAAGCAGCCCUAGGGACUUUGUAUUUGACGGCUACUCACGUCAUAUUUGUGGAAAAUGCACCUGACACAAGAAAAGAAACAUGGAUUCUUCACAGUCAGAUUUCCACCAUUGAAAAACAGGCUACAACCGCGACUGGAUGCCCUCUGCUUAUUCGCUGCAAGAACUUUCAGCUGUUGCAACUCAUCGUACCUCAGGAGAGGGACUGCCACGAUGUGUACAUCUCUCUGAUACGCCUUGCAAAGCCAGUGAAAUAUGAGGAAUUAUACUGCUUUUCAUUCAACCCCAAGCUGGAUAAAGAAGAAAGAGAGCAAGGCUGGAUGCUGAUCGAGCUCAGUGAAGAAUACAAACGAAUGGGCCUCCCAGAUGAUUAUUGGCAGCUCAGCGAUGUGAACAGAGACUACAGAGUUUGUGAUUCUUACCCUACUGAACUCUAUGUUCCCAAAUCGGCCACAGCACACAUCAUACUGGGGAGUUCCAAAUUCCGGAGCAGACGGCGAUUUCCUGCCCUUUCUUACUACUAUAAAGAUAACCACGCCUCCAUCUGCCGGAGCAGCCAGCCCCUGUCCGGUUUCAGUGCGCGGUGCCUGGAAGACGAGCAGAUGCUCCAGGCCAUCAGGAAAGCCAAUCCAGGAAGCGACUUCAUUUACGUCGUCGACACACGGCCUAAGCUUAAUGCAAUGGCAAAUCGUGCUGCAGGGAAAGGCUAUGAGAAUGAAGACAAUUAUUCCAAUAUCAAGUUUCAGUUUAUCGGGAUAGAGAACAUCCAUGUCAUGAGGAACAGUCUGCAGAAAAUGCUGGAAGUGUGUGAACUUAAGUCUCCCUCCAUGAGUGACUUUCUGUGGGGACUGGAGAACUCUGGCUGGUUAAGGCACAUCAAGGCCAUCAUGGAUGCAGGAAUCUUCAUUGCAAAGGCAGUUUCAGAGGAAGGGGCAAGCGUGCUUGUUCACUGUUCCGAUGGCUGGGACAGGACUGCCCAGGUGUGCUCGGUGGCCAGCCUCCUGCUGGAUCCGCACUACCGGACUCUGAAGGGCUUCAUGGUAUUAAUUGAAAAGGACUGGAUUUCCUUUGGUCAUAAGUUUAAUCACAGAUAUGGCAAUCUAGAUGGUGAUCCAAAAGAAAUCUCCCCAGUUAUUGACCAGUUCAUUGAGUGUGUCUGGCAGUUAAUGGAACAGUUUCCCUGUGCCUUUGAGUUCAACGAGAGGUUUUUGAUUCACAUUCAACAUCACAUUUAUUCCUGCCAGUUUGGAAACUUCUUAUGUAACAGCCAAAAGGAGAGACAAGAACUCAAAAUUCAGGAAAGAACAUACUCUUUAUGGGCUCACCUGUGGAAGAAUCGGGCCGACUACAUGAAUCCUCUAUUUAGAGCUGAUCACAGUCAGACCCGGGGAAUCCUUCGUCUCCCCACCACGCCAUGCAACUUCAUGUACAAGUUUUGGAGUGGAAUGUAUAACCGCUUUGAAAAGGGACUGCAGCCCCGACAGUCAGUUACGGAUUACCUCAUGGCAGUGAAGGAGGAAACCCAGCAGCUGGAGGAAGAACUAGAGGCCCUGGAAGAGAGGCUGGAAAAAAUUCAAAAAGUCCAGUUAAAUCACACUAAAGUGAAGAGUAAGCCAAGUGAACCCAGCAAACACUCAGGGUUUUCUACCUCAGACAACAGCACAGCCAACACUCCCCAGGAUUACAGUGGGAACAUGAAGUCAUUUCCAUCCAGGAGCCCUUCACAAGGCGAUGAAGAUUCUGCUCUGAUUCUAACCCAAGACAAUUUGAAAAGCUCAGAUCCAGAUCUCUCAGCCAACAGUGACCAAGAGUCUGGCGUGGAGGAUUUGAGCUGUCGGUCUCCAAGUGGUGGGGAUUGUGUACCAAGUGAAGACAGUGCCAAGGACCGGGAUUCUGAUGAAGCCGUGUUUCUCACUGCCUGAAGUUUCUCUGUGGAGUUUCAAACUAAAGGACACACAGGAAACACUUUCCAAAAAUAAGGGAACAGUGCAAUUUAAAAAAAUAACUCAAGAAAUGGUAUGUGUCAUUGAGAAUCAUAAAAUGUAGCAAUGAAAAGGGAAAAAAAGGCCAGCUCUUAGUUUCUUUAGAUGUUGAAGAACAGGAAGUAGCCAUUUCUUUUACCAAAUAAAUAUAAGGAAAAUUAUUCCCCAUUUCAAAAAUCACUCUAGACUAUGGAAGUUUUAUUCACUAUAGAGCAGUGACCUCUACCAUCACCUGAGGUUAUCGAUACGAAUCUUCCUUGUCAUAGCAUGCAUCUGCUCAGAAAGUGCCCUGACCCCUCCCCUAGCACCUGUUACCAUCUUCAGUCUUUCCCCUUACUUCACUUCCACAUGCAUAUUUUGUUUUCUAAAACAUCUGAUGUUACCUUCCUUCCUGUUAUCAACAUUUGUAAUAACAGAGCACACUGUUGACAUGCACCCUUUUGGUUAGUAGAUAUAUUUCUGUAACUGAGGAGCUUUGUAAUUGCUUAAGCUUAUCUUUCAGGUUAACUUUUCCUUAGAUAAUCUGAAUUGUUAUAAUAAUUUUGUUGCCUUUUUCUGGAGUCUCUUACUUCUCAUCAUCACUUAAAAAAGCUAAAACUUAUAACUCCCUUUUUCUCUAACACAGGUCUAAUACCUAAUAAAGUAGAAGCAACAUUUA